AUGUCGGCAGCGUCUUCCUCGCUGUUCUCGUCGUCUUCGCGGUACACAGCUGGCGAAGGGUCGGGCGUAGGCGCAGGCCCAGGCCCAGGCCCAGGCGCAGGCCCAGGCGGAGCCCGGUCGCUCGCCCUGUCGGAGCUCGGCACGGCGUCGGCCAUCAAGCGCGACUUUGACGCCUAUCUCAACGCCCCACUGCCGUCACCAUCGUCGGCUGGCUCGCCAUCGGCCUCGCUUCGUUCGUCGACGCUGACCGCAGACCUCGAGGCACACGUUGUCCAGGCGCUGCGGCAAAACGAAGAGGUCUCGCACGAGCUGGAGCAGCUACUGCGCGAGGUCUCCACCCCCAUCAAGCCCCGCGCCGAGACGCAGGGCUCACCGGUGGCCGACUCCGAGACGCAAACGCCUGACCCAACCGCUCCGCACUCAGAGCUGACCUCGCCGCCGCGAUCGUCAACAAAGCGGGCCCUGGAGCCGGCAAUGGCCGCCGCCGCCGCCACAGAGCCCGCCUCGCCGGCGCGCUCCCAGCCGGUGCCACAGCUCGUCACGCCGCCGUCGCAAGUCAAGGCUGCAUCCGAUGCUGUGGCCCGGGCAAACGCCGAUCUGGACGCCCUGCGUGCGUCUGCACUCGAGUCCGAGGCCGACGCUACGCUCUCGUACUCGACGGCGCUCAACAUGGCGCGCGCACGGUACGGCGGCAUGUCGACAGCCGAGGCCGCAGCCAGCGCCGCUGCGUCGCCAUUGCGGCGAGCGGCGGUUGCCAGCAACGAUGGCAACGACGACGAGGAGGCUCGGCUCGCCGUCCCGCGUAUUCCGCCGAGCAACUCUCCGCUGCGUGACCACUUUAGCAACAUCUCGUCGUUCCUGGCCGAGUCGACGUCGUCGCGACGCGACGCCGACGCCUCGCUCAUGUCGUCGAUCGUACCUCUCGACGCUCUCGUCCAAGCUGCCGACGCCGUCCUACACCCCGGAUGCGCCACGCGGCAGUGGGCUUCGGCCGCGGGGGCGCAGUCGUCGCCGCGGCCGCAGCUGUCGCCGUCGCGGGCAUCAUCGCGCUCGCCGCGGAUUGUGCAGCUUGCCGACGACACCGACGACACCUUUGACGCCGACCACGUCAACGCGGCGCUGUUGCAGGCUGGCAUGGAGCCAGUCUCGCGGCGCUCGUCCAAGCGUGCGCUGGCCUCUGUCCUUCUUGCUGUCCUCCGCCAGCUCGAGCACCGCGGGCGAGUGGUGUCGGAGCAGCUUGCAGCGCAGCAAGCGGCGGCAAACUCGGCUGAAGCAGCCAACUCGGACAUGGUGCGGAUGCGGCGCGAGCUGCUGGCGGCGUCCAAGGCCAAGGCCGCGCUGGAGCUGAAGCUGGCCGAGGCCGAGGCCGCCGGCGACGAAGCCGCUGCUGCCGCCAAGCGCGAAACGCGCAAGCUGAAGGCUGCGCUCUCGUCGCUGACGUCGCAAACCCAUGUCAUGCGCUCCAAACUCGCCGCCAAAGAUGAGGAGCUCUCCAAGGUCAAGGCCAAGCUGCUCAAGGUGGUCGAGGUGUCUGGGACGCCGGUGACGCGUGCAGCGCACGCCGGUGGCGCUGCGUCCGGCAUGGUCAUGAGGCAGAGCCUGGCGGAGAAGGAAAGGGCGCGGCUGGAGAGUCUGAACGAUGCGCAGCGGCACGAGCUGCGGCUGGUGCAAGAGGAGCUGCGCGAGCUGCGGGCGCAGGUGACGGCCAAGGCCGAGACCGAGUACGCCAAGGCAUUCGAGGCUGGGUUCAAGGCCGGACAGGCGAACGAUCCGCUGCGGGCGUCGUUGGAGCGGCAGCUGGCCGAGGCGAGCGGUGAAGCAGCGGACGCACGUAAGCAUGCUACCGCGGCCGAGGGCGCGGCGCGGGCGGCAGUCGAAGCUCGCGACGCUGCGUACGCCAGAAUCAAGAGUCUUGAGGACGAGCUCGAGCUAGCCAAGCUCGAGCUGGAGGCGCGGCCGUCGGUCCUUCGCUGGCGCGAAGAGCGUGAGGCUGCAGCCGAGGCGCCUGCGCUCACUGCCGGCAUGGCGGCUGACUCGGGCCUCUCAUUUGUGGUUGGCCGCGACGGGAACAACGCGUCGCGGACCCGUGAGCUCAUCCGGCAGGACCGCGAGUCGUUCUCACUCGCACACCACUCGUUGGACAGCCUGAGCGGGAGCCAGGCGCGCGAGGCGCUGCAGACGGUUCUGGACCGGCUCGGCGUCCCGUCGCUGCGCAAGCUCGAGAGUGCGCUGGCGAAGAUCGAGCGGGCCAUGGCGGCGCUUCCGGGCAUGCAGGAGUUUAUCGAGAGUGUGCUGGCCGCGAUCCGAAGUGGCAAGCGCGGCGUGGCUGUCGGUGUCGGCAACGCGCUGGGAGUCCUCGCAAGCUGGCGCACCGAGCUCGACGAGGCGCGUGCGUUCCGGACCGGCGCCGCCGACGCGUUUGGCCUCCCGUCGAUCAGCCUCACCGAGCUGCGGACGCUGGCGGCGGGCCUGCGGGCAACGAGCACGUCGCGCGAGGUACCCGAGGCCAAGGCGCUCGAGGCGCGAGUCGAGCUUGUGGCGAGACUGGAGGCCCUGCUGGGCGUCACGACGCCCGAGGCUGUGCUCAACGAGGUCGUCGCCCUCUCCCAAAAGGUCGAUACCUACGAGUCAGCCCUGCCCGAGUAUGUGGUCCUGGUCGACGCGCUCUUCGACAUGCUUGACGUUGAGACGCUUGGCGAUGUCAUGCCUGCGCUGCGGCACGCCCUGGGAGCAUAA